UAAAAUAUAUGAAAGUCUAAUGUUUAUCAGUACAUUACAGAAAAUAAUGAAAUUUAUCACAAUAUGCAAAUUUUUUGAGAAGGACUAGUAUUAUAGUUGUGUGUACAUAUGAACUAUUUCCCUAAAUGGAUUGGAUAAUAUAGUCAUUCAUUAAUUUAGCUUAUUAAAAAAUGGUUAACUUGUGUAAACUUAUGUAAAUAAUACACUAUUGUAAUAUUAUGCAGUAUUAUGAUAUUAUUAUAAUAUCAUAUAAUCAUAAAUAGGCCUAUUUGUAAAAUUAACAGCAUUUUCCCCUACUUGUAAAUCCAGGAAUUGUAUCACUAUGUAUGGAGGCUGCACGUUUUUUGUCCAUAACACAUACAGUACUUGCAGUCUCUACAGCAAUAUUUGUGUUUACUGACACUAUUAAAAGUGUAUUACUCCUGGUUUAUGUUCUGCCUCACCGUCUCCACUGUAAACAUGUUUGCUUUUUGUGCGUCUAAAAUUAAUGAUGCAGUCCUCCAGUUGUUUUUGAAUGCACAUUUGGUUUCAGUUAGAUGGAACGGCCUUCUUUAUAACACGAGAGCAUGAUCCAUUAUUUAUCUCCUUGCAGAUGGCCUAUUUUCUCAUUUCCCUUUGAACGCGUGCCUAGCAAUUACUCGCGCUGUGACCAAAAUGAAUGUAAAUUCCACACGUGGAAUAUUCUAAUGUCUGGUAAACGUUCUGAAUUAGUCCAUAUAGGCGAAUGUUAGACCGUGAAAAGAAGGUUUUGAGCGUCACUUUCGACUCAAAUUUCCGCCCUGCAAAGAAAACACACAGGCAGAUGCGGCGGAUGUCGUCUGGUGUAUUUUUCAAAAUAAAAUCAAAAGUUUGCCGUGGUUUUGUCAGAUGCCGCCGCAACGGUUGUUAGACAGAAAUGUGAUAUAAAUGUUUUAUACCAAAUACAGUCAAGGUGUUAUGUAUCAAACUUAACAUAAAAUGUUAAGGAUGAUUCCUGUUUGUUGUUCUAGCAAUUUUACUCUCAGAAUUUGAGAUUUUUUGUGACGUUUUCAGCUUUGAUGACCUCCGAGAACUCUUAUUUCGGUAGAUAGAAGCGGAAGUCUCGUGGGACAACUACGUUGAACUUGACAAGUGUGGAUUUUUCCCCUCUCGGAGAUUUUUUUUCCAGUGGGAGUGUGAAGAAAGUUCUCUUGGAAACUUGAAGACAUGCGGCAACGUCCGAGGCGAGCAAGACCAAGAAUGAAUUAAAUCUCAGUGAAACCCCAUCGAGGAAGGAUGCGUGCGGUGGCUGCCACGACGCUGGUCCUGACGCUUUGUUUAGUCCGACCCGACCUUAACGAUGGAGACGUCAGUAACGAUGUCUCCGAAGAUGAUUUCGGGAACGAUAAAGCGGCGGUGACUAAGGGCAGAAGGAAGCAGCCUCACAUCAUCUUUAUCCUCAUCGAUGAUCAGGGCUUCAACGACAUCGGUUACCACAACCCGAACAUCAAGACACCCACGUUGGACAAGUUGGCGGCAGAGGGCGUCAAGCUGGAGAACUACUACGUCCAGCCCAUCUGCACGCCCUCGCGCAGCCAGCUCCUCACUGGCAGGUACCAGAUCCACACGGGCCUGCAGCACUCAAUCAUCCGGCCCAGCCAGCCCAGCUGCCUUCCGGCGCACAUGGACACGCUUCCCCAGAGGCUGCAACAGGCCGGCUACGCCACGCACAUGGUGGGCAAAUGGCACCUCGGAUUUUACACGAAGGCGUGCCUGCCGACCAGGAAAGGAUUCGACUCCUUCUUCGGAUCGUUGACGGGAAGUGUCGACUACUACAGUUACGGUUCGUGUGACGGUCCGGGUGUGUGCGGCUACGACCUUCACGCUAACGAAAGCGUGGCCUGGGGUCACCAGGGAAAAUACUCCACGACGCUAUUCACGCAGCGAGCGCGGAAAAUUCUCCAGAGUCACGAUCCCUCCCAGCGACCAAUCUUUCUGCUCCUCUCCUUGCAGGCAGUGCACACGCCGCUUCAGCCGCCCAAGUCCUACAUCUACCCAUAUCGCGAUAUGGCCGACGUGGCGCGCAGGAGGUUCGCCGCCAUGGUGUCCACAGUGGACGAGGCGGUGCGCAACGUCACAUAUGCGCUGCGCAAGGCCGGCUUCUACCGCGACAGCGUCAUAGUCUACUCCACCGACAACGGGGCGCAACCCUUCACCGGAGGGAGCAACUGGCCGCUCAGAGGACGAAAGGGUACGUACUGGGAGGGCGGUGUGCGCGGCGUGGCGUUCGUGCACAGCCCGUUAUUGCGACGCAGGAGGCGCGUGUCCAAAGCGCUCGUUCACAUCACCGAUUGGUUCCCAACCUUGCUGUCGCUCGCCGGAGGAAACGUCAGCCAGAGCCAAGGUCUGGACGGCUUUGACGUUUGGGGCGCCAUAAGCGAAGGCCGGGAGUCUCCCCGCCACGAGAUCCUGCACAACAUCGACCCCCUGCAUAAAGCCCCCGAGCCCGCACAAACCUGGGACGUGCUGGAAAACAACUCGCUCAUCGAGAAACCGAAGAAAAAGAGGAAGAAGAAGAAGCUACUUAAGCAGCGACCCAAGCAAAAGUCAGCUUUCAAAUUGGCUAAAAGCUCAAACAAGUUGAACACGUACCUCAAAGCCCAUCCGAACCGCCUCCACGCAUCCCGCCCCAAGGCUAGAAGGACGGCGGUCCCGGAGCACAAUCUGUCAUGGGCCCCCACUAAGGUCCGCUCGCAACUGAAGUCCAAAAGGUCAUCGUCGCUUGCCAACGCUGAUUCUCCCCUCCCGGCGGGUGAGACACCCGUGUGGGACACGUCCGUCCAGGCGGCCAUCAGAGUCGGGGACUGGAAACUGCUCACCGGGGACCCCGGACAUGGAGAGUGGGUCCCCCCGCAGGUCCUACCAACGUUGUUAGGCCGCUGGUGGAACCUGGAGCGAGCAUUCCCGUCGCUGCAGCACGGCCGGGGUUCGGAGGUGGCCAAAAGUGUCUGGCUGUUCAACAUCAGCGCUGACCCGUACGAGCGCCUCGACCUCUCCCAACAGCGGCCAGACGUGGUGCGCCGCCUCCUCGCCCGCCUGGCGUACUACAACCGCACCGCCGUGCCGGUCUACUUUCCACCCGACGACCCGCGCGCCCACCCCGACUGGCACGGCGGUGCCUGGGUGCCCUGGAUGGACCAGGACAGGGACCAAGAUAAGGUGUACAAGAAGGUCCAUCAAGAGAAGAAGAAGAGUAAGGGGAAAAAAAACAAAUGCCGACUGUGCAAGCUGAAGGCCUUCUUUCUGAAACUCAACACGGGCAUCAUUUCCAGUCGCAUUUGAGAUGCAUCAUAAUGACAAACUUCAGCAGCGUUCACACUCCCACAUCUGUAAAAAGUAUUUUUUACAGUCACAUUUGGAAUCUCACUUGUAGUAUGACUACAAAACUAACGACGUUUUCCCACAAAGGGAAAAAAAAAACUUUUAAAGUGGAACAAUUGUGACUAUUCACACAAUUGUCUAUUUUUUUGUAGAAAAUAUUCAGUGUUUUUUUCUUGAAAGGAUACUGCCUUCCCCCGUAAAAUAAUUUAUUUGAUGCAAAAUUGCUUGGUAACACUUUGACGGAGUCACAAGACUGUCGUAAGACCGUCAUAAUUAUGACAUGACACCGUCACGAGCAUUAAUGAAUGCCUAUGACAUGUCAUUAAGUGCCGUCCGGCAAAUUAUGUCACUUUUGAAUGGAUGCAAAAGAUGCAGACUGGACAUACCUUAUUGGCCCGAAUAUAAGACGGUGUUUUUUGCAUUGAAAAAGGACUGAAAAAGAGGGGGGUGUCAUAUAUUCGCGGUCUAGACGUUAUACCCAUUCACGACGCUAGAUGGCGACAGAUAUCAUUGAAGCGAUGUUCUGUCACGACAACUCUCAGCUACUCUACGCAUUCAUGACGCUAGAUGGCGCCAGAUAUUAUUGAAGCGAUGUUCUGUCAUGACAGAUCUCAGCUACUCUCAAAUUUAACCAGUUUGCAUUGUUUUAUUGCAAUGUUUUUCCUUAUUCAGAUUUGUUUCAAGACUACAGUUACAGUUCGACUUCACUUU